CUCAACUCAGAAAAAUGGCGGCAUGUGGAUUUCGCUUCUAGUUUCUUUUUCAUUAUUGGCAAUAUUACUAUAAUUUAGAUGAAAAAUCAGUAGUGAUUUUUCAGUUUACAGAACGUCGAUCAUAGCUAGACUUGCGUGUUGGAUGACUGUGUUGUCGUGUCGCUUGUAUUGUUUGUAAAAUGUUUAUUUUUGCUAAUUCAGAUGCAUAUCCAGGCUUAUAACGGAUACGGUUAUUUGUAACAUUGCUGUUACUUUAUAAGAGGCUUUUUAAAAUCCGCAUUACACUUAGCAUUUAGCGGCGUGCUUUUGAGAUGAAUGGCAGAGUGAUACCCAACACACCUUUGGCCGUAGACUUCUGGCAGGUGCGGAAGUGUGGCCACGUACGUCUCUUCUUCCUAUCUCACAUGCACAGUGACCACACGGUGGGUUUAACAUCUACGUGGGCUAACCGACCCAUAUACUGCUCUCCAAUCAGCGCAAAGCUGCUCAAGUUUAAAUUGCAGGUAAGAGAAAAAUGGAUCCAUGCUCUGGAAGUGGGCGAGGCACACAAGCUCCCUCUAGAUGACGUGGGGAAGGAGACGCUAACGGUUACGCUCAUGGAAGCCAACCACUGUCCUGGGGCAGUCAUGUUCCUUUUCCAGGGCUACUUUGGCACUAUCCUCUUUACAGGGGACUUCCGUUACACGGCAGCCAUGCUGCGGCAGCCCAGCCUGAUGAACCACAUCAGCAUCGACGUGCUGUACCUGGACAACACGCACUGUGACCCCACUCGCUCCCUGCCCUCCCGCCAUCAGGCCACCCAGCAAAUCAAGGAGAUCAUCCGGGCACACGCUGGGCACGAUGUGGUCAUCGGCCUCUAUACCUUGGGCAAGGAGACCCUUUUAGUGCAGCUGGCCCUGGAGUUCAGGACUUGGGUGGAGGUGAGCCCCGAACGCAUGCGGAUUCUGCAUGUGCUGGACCUGCCUGAUGUCUUUACCACUGAGCCUGGCGCCGGUCGCAUCCGAGUGGUGGACCAUUCUGAGGUAUGUGCUGCGAACCUGGUGCUCUGGAACCGGCAGUGGCCCACUAUAGCCAUUCUGCCCACGGGUCGACCGGUAAUCGGCACUCACCCCAGCGUGCAUGUUGUGCCCUAUUCUGACCACUCCUCCUACCAAGAGCUGGAGGACUUUGUCUCAGCCCUGCAGCCAGCCUCUUUGGUGCCCAUAGUAGGACCCUGUGUGCCCCGGCUCUCCGCUUUAGUGUCACCCCGCAAGCGAUGCCGCCCCACCAUCAUUCCAGAGUCUGUCCGCCGGGGCAUGAUCCAGGGACUGGAACAGGAGUCUGCCGUUUGCUCCCGCUUGGCCAUAACGGCGCGUCCUGCUGCCAGCGGUGUGGUGUUUGAAUCUCCCCAGAGGGCACAAGCAUCCCCCUUCAGAUACAAGCCUAGCCCCUCUGUUGAACGGGACUCAGAUGUAGAUGAGGAUGGACAAGGUGCUCAUUCAUCCCUGCACCACACAGUGUCUGAGCUCUGCCCUGGGGACACAUGGGUGCCUAAUGGCACCGCAGGACUUGUGGAUGACUCGGAGAUAGCUGAGAGUUUUUUCCUCAGCCAGCUUACUCCAAGUGACUGGAUGCUUUACCCUCCAGGCCCCCUGCGGAGUCUAGGCCCAUCACUGAAGCCUAAGAGCAGGCAGCCUUCACCCAAAGCUAAUGGGUACCAUCAGCCACCAACCAUGUUCCCAGAGAGGGGGAGGACAAUUCCUGGCUCUCAGGGGGCCCAUGGUAGUGUUGACAAAGACCCAAUUCCUUCCACCAAACUGCAUGACCCAGAGCUGAUUCUGUUAGAGGAGCCCUUGACCUUCCUUGAUGAAGAGAUCCAUGGAAGGUUUGAAUGUAUUGGGUGUGACUCCAUAAACAAGUACCGGCUGGUCCCUUGGAGCACAUGUCCAAAAGGAUGCAGCACCUUCCACGUUGCUGUGGAGCACUUCCUCAUGGCCUGUAGAAAUUAGGUUAUAGGCUGCUGUCAUUCUCCAGGUUCCUCUGUGCUGUGAUAUAAAUCAUUGUUGGCCAAGUUCUAAUUCAGGAAGCUCACCAUUUCCACGAUCUUUUGGUUCACAGUGGUAUAAUUCAUGUCGGGUUAUUCAGGAAGCUCUUAUUGCCAGUAAUGUUCCCUCAUUUGUGAAGGACCAGGACAUCAUCCUCUCUGAAUAGUUGUAUUGUUUCUCUACAUUAAUUAAUUUCUUUUUUGGAAUACAACAUGGAAAUGUUCAGACACUAACUACCUUCACGUUUUUUUGUUAGGUGAAAAACUUUUAGUUGUCCAGGGCACCUGUAUUGUUUAUGCCUGUAAAAUGUAUUUAAUAUUUCUUGUCUUAAUAAAGUCUUUGGCCCAUGUC